UGAUAACUAGCUGCGCAGCUCCACAAGGCACAUAGUACAGCUCAGAACAAACAGAGGACGGGCCAAUUCUGUCAAAUUAGGGGCGUACGUAGUGAUAAACAUUUUAUCAGAAUUGUAUUUAUUGUGUCUAUUUGUAAACAAUGUGAACUAUCAUAAUCUGUAUGUAGUCGCAAUGAUUGGAAUGUAAAUAAUCAUCCUGUACUUCAAAGGAUUUGAAUAUAUUGUAAACCAACUGGUGAACUUUCGGGAUAAUGCUUUCGACAGAUCAUGUUAUGAAGAUUUCGAACAGGGCGUAAGGAGCCAGGUCAAAGUUCGACCGUGAGAUUUGCUGUUUUUGACAUUUUGUGUUGGUUAUCGUAGACCUAAGCGAAUGUUGAAACCGAAACAAUUGGAUUUAGUGACAAUUUCGGAAUAUUACACCAAUGUUUUUUGGGUAUCAAUUAUUGAUUUACAUAUUAACAUAGAUCAAUUAACAUCUCGAUUAAUUUGACUUGGAUUUAUAGAAAUUGAUAUAGAGCCGAAAUUGAUGGAUAUCUAAGGAAUGAUUGACCUUUUUAUGUGAUGGUGCAGCGUAAUGGAUUUGUAUAUUUUAAUUACUAAUCAUUGGUAUUUUUGUGGAAUUAAUCAUUGAUUCUCUGAACCUCAUCAGAAUGGGAUCCCUGAUUAUUGAUCCAGCAACCAACAAAACUGUGUUCACAUUCUUCUCAGAGUUCGGCGAAGAAUGGCCAGGUCAAUCUGCGAUCGAGGCUCUCGCCCUGGGUGUUAUAAUGGUGUUUGCUUUCCUCGGAAACGGAAUGGUGAUAUGGGCGAUUUACAGAAAUCCAAAGAUGCGGAAAACUACAAACUACUUCAUCGGUAAUCUGGCCGUCGCGGACCUAUUGUUCGCUUUGUGGAUCCCUUUUAUCAUGGCCACUCGUAUCACCCGCAAUUGGGUGUUCGGAAAUUUUAUCUGCAAGUUGGUCACUUAUGUCCAGUUUGUGUCCGGAAUAUCUUCUAUACUGACACUAAUGAUGAUAAGCAUUGAACGUUUCUUCAGCAUCUGUUUGCUGUCAAGUAAAAAGAUGACUAAAGAAAUUGCAUGUUUUGUGAUUCUUGGCAUUUGGAUUCUAUCAUCCAGCUUCCCAAUCCCAAUAGCCUGGGCACAGCUGGAACAACAGUUAGUCUUGGAUGACGUCACUCUGACAUAUUGUGGUAUCAUGUGGCCGGAACAUUUCCAUAUUGACGUGUAUCUCUCCUUCAUGGUCACAUUUUUCUUCAUCGCCCCUCUAAUGAUUAUACUAAUAAACUAUUACAAGAUUUUCAAAUUUGUGCGGCGAUCAUUGCGACGCACCGGACGACUUACUAGAUCGGAAAUCAGAACGAGGCGAAAACUCCGACUCACCAAAAUGUUUGUCGCGAUUGUAGUGUCAUUUGUGCUUAUGUGGUCGCCAUUUUUUGUUGUUAGUUUCCUAGCAGUGUAUUUACAUUCUAUUACAUCGACACAAUUUACAAUCACUAUUAUUGUAGCGUUAGCAAAUACGGGCCAAAAUCCAAUUAUAUACGGGUUUUUCAACAAAGCAUUCCGGAAGGAGUUUAAAAGUAUUUUUCAUUGCGAACGUCAACUGCAACCUGCUGAGAUUACUGAAGUGAGUAAGAAAUAUGUCGCCACGAGCGAAACAUCAAAAUAUAUCGGUACUGGCACGGAGUGUUCUGCGGGCGCGAGCCAGACGGUGUGAUGAGUAAUUGACAUAUCGUACACGUACAUUUUAUCAAUUUAUCGAGAUGACAAAAACUACAGUCUGUGGAGUUGGGAACUUGUAAACAAUGUUUAUAUACAUGCAGAAGCUUCUUUGGUACCUAGCCUAGCAUCAUGAUCACAUAUACGUUAUUUGUGAGCCUAAAUCUGCACGGAUUUUGUUUUAAAAACACUUUUAUUGCAUCCAAAUACAGAUAUUUCUUAUUUAGCAGCGAUAAUAAAAUAUAACGAAAAAAAUAGUUAUUUGUUUGUAAGGACGUAUUUUAACAUAAUAUGACAGUACAAUUCAAUACAUGAUGUGCUGUCUUUAGCAACACCGCCAUCAUGAUUAUUGUGACGUUACACAAUCAGCUAUCAUUUCUGUUAUUUAGGACAUUUGGUAGGAAUAAAUAUUACCUUAAUGUAUUGUAAAAAAAAUCUUAAUGAAUGAUAUGAAGUGAUAUUCUAUGUGACAAAAUAAUUUGUAAGGAAUAAUUAAGACUUAGUUAGAAUUAGCCGCUUCGUGGUUUAUGAUGAGUACUCUCCAAUGGUUUGUGUUUUAGUUUCAUAAGAUAAAAAUCAUUGAAAUUAAUCCUUGUAAUUCAAUUCUCUAUCCCUAUGGUGAUUAACUUUUAUUGAUGAACUCUUUUCUCAUUAGAAAUGACUACGCCGCUGUAUUAGCCAAUCAAAAGCGACGUUACAAACAAUGACGUCAUUGUUUCACGUUAUGGACUGAUAUCAUAAUUGUUUAAGCCAAUGGAUGCUUGUUACAAGCAAAGACGUAUUAUCUAUGAAUAUGCUGAAUAUAUAUGUGUAAAUGAUAUACAGUAUUUGUUUAAAUGGUUUCUUAACGGAACUGUUCUCUUUGAAAAUACAAGACUGCAUUGACAACAAUUGUAUUUAAACUUGUCAACCAGAUUGUCACUGUCUAUGAAAAAGUUUGGCCACAUAUAAUUUUAUAUAACUAUCAUUCAUUUCAAACCAAAAUAUAGCUCCUGGUAUUUUUGUCCGUAUGUCGAUAUCUGAUUGCAGCAUGGAUAUGUGUUACGCCAUGAUACAAUCUGUCCAGAGACCUUCCCCAUUUGUCUAUUUGUAUGAGAUAUGAAUAUAAACAACCAGAUACCAUACAAAUUCUUGUAAGAACUCUUCUCAGUAGUCAAUAUACUCUUUGGAGUGUAAUUUAUUGUUUUGUCGGUUUCAUUUUUGUAUACGUAGGGUCCAUAAGUUUCCAUACAAAACUAUCCUCUGUUUUAAUUGUAAUAACAAUAUAAUGUGUAACGAAAAACGGAUACAACUUUCUAUUACCUUGAAUAUUGGUCGAUCGUUAUUAUUAUCGGUGCGAUGAUGAUGAGUUUGCGGAAAGUUUUCGUCAAUAUCUCCGGAAAAACGAUUAUGACAGUGAAAACAAAACGUCAUACGGUGUUUUCUUAUAUAAAUAUGGGAAUUCAUUUCCCUGAGAACUUGAGAUGUAUUUAGGGAAUGAGUAUUAUACCGUAAAUACCAGA